AUGGCUAAUAACCGUCUGCUGCUGCUGCUCGUGGGAGUGGCGUUCCACUUGUUCUACCUGUGGUCGAUCUUUGACAUCUACUUCGUGUCGCCGCUGGUUCAUGGGAUGCAACCUCAUCUGUCAACACCAACACCACCUGCAAAGCGUCUGUUCCUGAUUGUGGGGGACGGGCUGAGGGCAGACACCACGUUUGAUAACAUCACACACCCCACCACCGGUGAGACUGGGUUCCUGGCGCCUUUCAUUAGGAAAAUGGCGUUGGAAGAGGGAACGUGGGGUGUUUCGCACACCAGAAUGCCUACUGAAUCAAGACCGGGACACGUUGCUAUGAUUGCCGGUUUCUACGAGGAUGUCAGCGCGGUCACCAAGGGCUGGAAGGAGAAUCCCGUGGAUUUCGACUCUGUUCUCAACCAAACAAGACACUCGUACUCCUUUGGGAGUCCCGAUAUCCUGCCGAUGUUCAAAGAUGGUGCUUCUGAUCCGGGAAGAGUCGACGCGUGGAUGUACGGGCACGAGUUCGAGGACUUCACCCAAUCUUCUAUUGAGCUGGAUGCAUACGUCUUUAGAAACUUGUAUGAGCUCUUUGAUAACUCAACUACCGAUGACAGGCUCCACGAGCAGAUUCAUCAAGAUCAAACUGUUUUCUUCCUCCACCUCUUGGGCUGUGAUACUGCCGGUCACAGCUAUAGACCGUACUCUGCGGAGUACUACGACAACGUUAUCUACAUUGACGAUCAGAUAUCGACAUUGACGAAGCGUGUCAAAGAGUUCUUUGGUGACGAUGACACUGCUUUCAUCUUCACAGCAGAUCACGGUAUGAGUGCAUUUGGUUCUCACGGUGAUGGCCAUCCAAACAACACAAGAACACCUCUUGUCGCUUGGGGAGCUGGUCUCAAUCGUCCAGUCCUUAACGAUGAGCCAAUUUUUGAUAACUAUACCGAGAACUGGCAGAUGGGAUCAGUUCAAAGACAUGACGUGAAGCAGGCUGAUAUUGCUUCUCUGAUGUCAUACCUCAUUGGUGUAAACUAUCCAGUGAAUUCCGUUGGUGAAUUGCCAUUGGCAUACAUCUCAACCUCUGAGGAAAACAAACUAAAGGCAUUAUUCCAGAAUGCUCUGUCGAUUGUUGAACAGUAUCAUGUCAAGGAACAAGAGCUGAAGGACUCACAGUUCUUCUUCAAACCCUUCGAACCGUUUGAGGAAAAACCGAUUGAACAGUAUAAGUCAGAGAUUGAGUCCUUGAUCCAUAUAAUUGCACAAUCUGAUAAUUUCGAUAAAGAGGCAGACGCCAUCAAACUCACCGAAGAGUUGAUGAAAACGACACUCGAUGGUCUCAACUAUUUGACAACCUAUAACUGGUUGUUGUUGCGUUCAAUUGUCACUUUAGGAUUCGUUGGAUGGAUCACAUAUUCCUUUAUCAUCUUCCUGAGACUAUUUAUUUUGGAAAAAGACGUUAAGACCACAACUUCAAUAUUGAACCUGCUAUCCUUCACUAUAAUUGGUCUAAUUUUGAACUACAUUCUAUUCUACCAACGCUCACCAUUCAACUACUACAUGUAUCUGCUAUUCCCACUUUUCUUCUGGUCUCAAAUCACAGCAAAGUCAUCUGUUUUAACCCAGGGUAUGCACACAUUCUUCAGAGGUAUUUCCAAAACGCACGGAUUCUUUAUUCUGUUGGCGACCGUUGGUGUAUUCGAAGGUAUCGUUUUAGGCUUCUCAGAGAGACUCAUCUUCACGGUCUUUUUCAUCAUCUUGGGGUUUUACCCAUUGACUUUGGGUGUUCAAAAAGCUACAACUUUGAUACUUUGGCUCAUAACAUGUCUGGGAAUGAGUACAUAUACCAUUUUCGAUGCAGUUAAGAUUGAGGACUUGUUACAGAUCGAUGUUGCUGGUGUAUUGAUGAUUCUGCUGGCGUCCUAUGGAUACUGGAAAAUCCUCGUUGAGGCCUCUACAAAUCCAAAGUUCCCACCAAUUUCCUCCUACACCAAGACGUUGAUCUCAAUUCAAAUAUCCCUAGUUGCAGUAAUGAUCCUCAUCACCAACAAGUCUGUCUUAUCAUUGCAAGCUCGUGAAGGUUUACCAAAAAUCUCACAGUUCCUUGGUUGGCUGAACUUUGUCGUAUCCCUUUUCGUCUUGCCUUGUUUGCAUUACUUGGAUCCACAUAACGAUUACCGUAUCAGACUGUUGGUGAUCUUCCUUGCAUUCGCACCAACGUUCCUUAUUCUAACGAUAUCGUUUGAAUCGUUAUUCUACGUAAACUUUUCCCUGUUGUUGCUAGAAUGGAUUUCCAUUGAGACCUCUAUAUUCGAGUCACAACGUACAGAGUCGAAGCAGAAGAACAACACUCAGUUGGUUCGUGUUUCAGUGAUUGGGUUCCUGUUCAUGCAAGUGUGCUUCUUUGGUACCGGUAACGUUUCAAGCAUUUCAUCGUUCUCACUUGAUUCCGUUUAUAGACUGUUACCAGUUUUCGAUCCAUUCCCAAUGGGUGCUCUACUGAUGCUCAAGUUGAUCGUUCCAUACGUGUUGUUGAGUACAGCCCUUGGAAUCCUGAACGUGAAACUUGGUAUCAAGCCUUACACGAUUUCCACUUUGAUUAUCUCUACGAGUGAUAUCUUGUCGUUGAACUUCUUCUACCUUGUGAGAACUGAGGGAAGUUGGCUGGACAUUGGUGUUACAAUUUCAAACUACUGUCUUGCCAUCCUUUCCAGUUUGUUCAUGUUGAUACUGGAAAUUGUGAGCCAUGUUCUCUUGAAGAAUGUUCAGUACAACGAGCGUGAGAAGCUAAAGACUGAAUAA